UCGGGACUUCAGUGCGGAACAAGUCUUGGGUGCGAACGGCCGCCCAUUGCGUACACGAUCAUGGCUUUCUUUGCCGUCGGCCUGCUUCUCGUAGCGUGCCUCUUUCAACCCGCCUUCGGCCAGAACAUUGAGGGUGCAUUUACAACUGUUGGACUUCGGACUUGAGCACUCUUUACGCUUGCAAAAAAAAAAUGUUUUGUGCAGAUUGCCCGCAAAAUAGCAACACAACAGUAGGAAAGAACACUGUCGAUGCUUCGACGCUGCGGCUUGGGAGCACUGCCAGAAAAAAGUGCGAGGAGUACUCGCAGUACGUUUGCAGAUACGAAGAAGCCCAAGUUUUAACAGAUGCUGACCAAGUCCUCACAAAUAACUGUGUAGUUCCUCUUGUGCCUCUUGUUGUGGGAGGAGAACCUGUGAUUGCGGGAGAAUAUCCCCACAUGGCCCUGCUUGGGGUUGGCGCUGACCAGGAAAACAUCAACUACCACUGCGGUGGUUCUCUUAUCGCACCCAACUUCGUGAUGACAGCUGCACACUGCUUGGUGUUCCAAUCUCAACACGUGCGGUGGGUUCUCCUUGGAGACCUGGACAGAUUGUCGACAGAGGACGAAGCAGAGCCGCAGCUUCUGGAAGUGUCCGGACGAUUUACACCUCCCAGCGGGCUCGAUCGAGAAGAACUUUACCACGAUAUCGCAUUGCUGCAACUCAAGACGGAAGCUGAAAUGACUCGGUUUGUACGCCCUGCUUGCGUCUUUCCGGAUCCCACACUGGAGGCAAAUAACGAUGCGUUCGUCGUAACUGGCUGGGGCGAUACUACAAGAGGAGGUGGGGGUGACCCGAGUAGCAUCUUGCAGAAAGUACGACUUGGCAUUCUGCCAAACAACGUUUGCCAAACUUCCUACAAGUUUCAUAGGAACAUAUUUCCUCGGGGCGUCUUAGCGGAAGCGCACGUGUGCGCGGGCAAUCUCACCGGCGGAAGAGAUAUCUGUCAGAUGGACUCCGGCUCUCCGCUGGCAUUCUUCAGAAGUGAGAAGCCCUAUUGCAUGCAUCACGUCGUGGGCGUCGCCUCUGUUGGGUCGAGUUGCGGCUUGAGGAACUCUCCUUCCGUCUUCACUAGAGUCUCGAUAUACAUGCCGUGGAUUGAGAGCGUGGUCUGGCCUCCGAGCUAGCCCAUCACCCGCGUGGAAGGAUCAGUACACUGAGAAUCCAAACGCUAUGAGAGUAUAGCGUCAAUUGGUGCAAUGCAAAAGCAUUGCACAUAAAGUGCAAUGCCUCCCCAUUCCCAUGCAUUAGCACACUGUGAAAAUUUGAGUCGUCACUUGAUGACAAUUUCAAGGCUAAUUUUCCUUACAAGGAUGUCAUCAAGUCAAUUGAUGACAUUGCUGUCACGCCCAUGCAAUAAGUAUAGGAGCUUUGAAUGUCAUCAAUUUGUGACGAGAUUGUCGUCAUUUCAAAGUGAUGAACAUGUCAUCCACGUUUUAGUCAUAAAGUGACAACAAAUUUUCACAGUGCAUAGGGCACUUUCGGGAUGCAUUGCACGUAAGGUGCAAUAUGACUGGCGCAUUGCACAUAUGCUGCGAUAUCUCAGCUGCAUUGCACCAUACGUGCUAUACUCAUAGCGUUUGGAAUCUCAGUGUAGUUCAACUGUUGUUGAAACUGAUGUGGUUUAUCUGCAGUUCGUUUCUGUCUCGGUUUCUGUAGUUCUUAAUGUCCCUUUACUUGUAUUCAAUAUAAAACCAGUUUUGCACUGUCCGCCGCAGUCAGUGUUUUUUAUUUUAAGUGGUCAAAAACUAUCCAAGGCGGGCCUCCAUUGCAGUCAUUUUUCUUUGCAAAUUCUUUACUACAGAGUCAUUUGUAUUCGAUCAUCCACAAAACAAAGAGCACUGUUAACAAAAAUGUUGUAAAUUAACAGCACUUAUGCUGUUCAGUUUGAUAGCAACACGUCUUGUUUUACUACAAGCAUGUUGUAGUUCUCGGUGCUGUUUCCUGAUAAUUCGAUUGUAAUGAAACAAUACUUCUUAAGAGUCUUCGAUGAUGUCUUUGCAACAUUUGUGUUGAUCUCAUCGUGCUGUUAAUAAACAAGACCCUCGUAACUGGACAACAAUAUAUGUUUUAAGAUUCCACUAAA